GUGGCCUCGUGAGGCGGCGCGGCCCGGGCGUUGCGCGGCGGCGGCGGCAGCGGCGGGAUCGGCCCGGCCCCGGUUCUGCCCCCGGUUCCUGGCCCGGUGCCGGCCCCGGCGGAGUCUCCGCGAGCCCAGGGGGUGCGGCCAUGGCGGGCGCAGCGCCCCCCGCAGGCGCCCCCGAGCACCCGUUCACCUGCCGGGAGUGCGGCAAAUCCUUCCGCUGGUCCUCGCGCCUGGCGCAUCACCUGCGCAGCCACACGGGCGAGCGGCCCUACCGCUGCCCCGAGUGCCCCAAGGCCUUCAAGGGCUCCUCCGCCCUCCUCUACCACCUGCGGGGCCACACGGGCGAGCGGCCCUACACCUGCGGCACCUGCGGCAAGAGCUUCAAGCGCUCCUCGCUGCUGCAGACGCACCUGCGCGUGCACACGGGGCUGCGCGCCUUCCAGUGCUCCCAGUGCGGCCUCACCUUCAAAUGGGCGUCCCACUACCAGUACCACCUGCGGCAGCACUCCGGCGAGCGGCCCUACCGCUGCCCCAGCUGCCCUAAAGCCUUCAAGAACUCGUCCAGCCUGCGGCGGCACCGGCACACGCACACGGGCGAGCGGCCGCACGCCUGCGGCACCUGCGGCAAGGCCUUCGCGCAGGCCACCAACCUGCGGCAGCACCUGCGCGUGCACACGGGCGAGCGGCCCUACAGCUGCGGCACCUGCGGCAAGAGCUUCACGCACUCGUCCAACCUGCAGCUGCACCGCCGCACGCACGGCCCUGCCCCGCGCUGCCCCGCCUGCGCCGCCGCCGCCGCCGCCUCGCCCGCCUGCCCGCACGGCCCCGCCGGUGCCGCCUCACCUGAGCCGCUCUGGAGGCCCCUGGGCGUCACCUGCGCCCAGCAGGAGGGGACGGGCGCGGUGCCGCCGCCGCCGCCGCACCGCUGCCUCACCUGCGGCAAGAGCUUCAAGAACGGCUCGGGGCUGGCGCGGCACCUGCCCGGCCACGGAGCCGCGCCCCAGCCGGGCGAGGCCGCACCGGCCGCCGAGCCCCCCGCGCCGGCCGAGCGGCCGUACCGGUGCGGCGAGUGCGGCAAGGCCUUCAAGGGAUCCUCGGGGCUGCGCUACCACCUGCGGGACCACACGGGCGAGCGGCCCUACACCUGCGGCACCUGCGGCAAGAGCUUCAAGCGCUCCUCGCUGCUGCAGACGCACCUGCGCGUGCACACGGGGCUGCGCGCCUUCCAGUGCGCCCAGUGCGGCCUCACCUUCAAAUGGGCGUCCCACUACCAGUACCACCUGCGGCAGCACUCCGGCGAGCGGCCCUACCGCUGCCCCAGCUGCCCUAAAGCCUUCAAGAACUCGUCCAGCCUGCGGCGGCACCGGCACACGCACACGGGCGAGCGGCCGCACGCCUGCGGCACCUGCGGCAAGGCCUUCGCGCAGGCCACCAACCUGCGGCAGCACCUGCGCGUGCACACGGGCGAGCGGCCCUACAGCUGCGGCACCUGCGGCAAGAGCUUCACGCACUCGUCCAACCUGCAGCUGCACCGCCGCACGCACUCGGCCGCGCGGCCCUUCCGCUGCCCCGCCUGCCCCAAGGCCUUCGUCAUGGCCGCCUACCUGCAGCGGCACCUGCGCACGCACGGCCCCGCGCCCGCCGCGGCGCCGCCGGUGCCGGUGCCGGUGCCGCCCGUGAGCCUCGUGCUGCUGCCCGGCCCGCAGCGGCUGCAGCUCGUCGCCGGCGGCGCCUCGGCCCAAAAGGUGCUGCUGCUGCCCGCCCUGACUCGUGGCUCUGGGCACGCUCCGGGCACGCAGGUGGGCAAACAGGUGGGCAGCCAGGCGGGCAGCGGCACGCAGGCAUGGCACGGCGUCUUGUUUGUGCCCAGUGGGGGCGGUGAGGGGAUGGGCGCCGGGGGGCAGCUGAGGGUGGCUGAGGUGACCGGGGUGACCGGGGUCACAGGGGUGACGGGGGUGACCGGGGUGGCCAGGGUGACUGGGGUGGCAGGGGUCACAGGGGUCACAGGUGUAGGGGUGACAGGAGUGACAGGUGUAGGUGUCACAGGGGUUACAGGUGUGACAGGAGUCACACGUGUGGGUGCCACAGGUGUCACAGGUGUAGGGGCCACAGGGGUGACCGGGGUCACAGGGGUCACAGGUGUCCAGCUCCAGGUGCUGCCAGCGGCCCCAGAGGUCACCAAUGCCCAGGUGCAGGGCAGGGAGGUGACCAAUGCCCAGGUGCCACCACGGCUGCAGGUCAGCAAUGGGCAGGGGCAGGCCCAGGGGGUCACAGGGGCCACAGGGGUCACAGGGGUCACAGGGUUGCAGCUCCAGGUGCUGCCGAUGCCCUCGGAGGUGCCCAAUGUCCAGCUCCAGGUGCUGCCGAUGCCCUCGGAGGUGCCCAAUGUCCAGCUCCAGGCGCUGCCGCCGCCACCUGAGGUCACCAAGGUCCAGCUCCAAGCAGGGGAAGUGACCAGUGUCCAGCUCCAGGCCACCGAGGUGACCAAUGUCCAGUUCCAGGCACUGCCACCACCCUCAGGUGUCACCAACGUCCAGCUCCGGGUGUUGCCACCACUGGCAGAGGCCACCGAGGUGACCAAUGUCCAGCUCCAGGCCACCGAGGUGACCAAUGUCCAGCUCCAAGCAGGGGAAGUGACCAAUGUCCAGCUCCAGGCGCUGCCACCACCAUCAGGUGUCCCCAGUGUCCAGUUCCAUGUGCUGCCACCACCCCCUGAGGUCACCAACGUCCAGCUCCAGGCCACCGAGGUGACCAGUGUCCAGUUCCAGGCGCUGCCACCACCUCCGGGUGUCACCAGUGUCCAGCUCCGGGUGUUGCCACCACCACCUGAGGUCACCAACGUCCAGCUCCAGGCCACCGAGGUGACCAGUGUCCAGCUCCAGGCGCUGCCACCACCUCCGGGUGUCACCAGUGUCCAGCUCCGGGUGUUGCCACCACCACCUGAGGUCACCAACGUCCAGCUCCAGGCCACCGAGGUGACCAAUGUCCAGCUGCAGGCGCUGCCACCACCCCCUGAGGUCACCAAGGUCCAGCUGCAGGUGCUGCCACCACCCUCAGGUGUCACCAAGGUCCAGCUCCAGGCCCUGCCCCUGCCCUCGGGUGUCCCCAGUGUCCAGCUCCAGCUGUUGCCACCACCGGCUGAGGCCACCAGUGUCCAUCUCCAGGCCACCGAGGUGCCCAAUGUCCAGCUCCGGGUGUUGCCACCACCAGCAGUGGCCACCAGUGUCCAUCUCCAGGCCACUGAGGUGCCCAAUGUCCAUCUCCAGGCCACCGAGGUGCCCAACGUCCAGCUCCAGGUGUUGCCACCACCCUCGGGUGUCCCCAGUGUCCAGCUCCAGGCCACUGAGGUGCCCAAUGUCCACCUGGAGCCCUUGGAGGUGCCCAGUGUCCACCUGGAGAUGGCAGAGGUGCCCUCUGACCACCUGGACACCACUGAGGAGGUGCCAAACGUCCACCUGGAGGUGCCCAGUGUCCACUUGGAGGCCACAGAGGAGGUGCCCGGUGCCCACCUGGACCCCGCUGAGGUGCCCAGUGUCCACCUGGAGAUGUCAGAGGUGCCCAGUGUCCACCUGGAGACCACAGAGGAGGUGCCCGGUGCCCACCUGGACACCUUGGAGAUGACCAAUGCCCACCUGCACACGUCGGAAGUGCCCUCUGUCCACUUGGAGCCUCCUGAGGAGGUGCCCAGUGUCCAGCUGGAGGUGCCCAGUGCCCACCUGGACACCACGGAGGUGCCUAGUGUCCGGCUGGAGGUGCCCAGUGUCCAGCUGGAGGUGCCCAGUGCCCACCUGGAGGUGCCCAGUGCCCACCAGGACACAUCAGAGGUGCCCAGUGCCCACCUGGAGACCACAGAAGUGCCCAGUGCCCACCUGGACACCUUGGAGAUGACCAGUGCCCACCUGGAGGUGUCAGCGGUGCCCUCUGCCCACCUGGAACCCACGGAGAAAGUGCCCGGUGCCCACCUGGAGCCAGCUGAGGUGACCAGUGCCCACUUGGACGCACCUUGGAGGUGCCCAAUGUCCACCUGGAGGUGCCCACUGCCCACCUGGGCCCUGCUGAGGUGCCCAGUGCCCACCUGGAGACCACAGAGGAGGUGCCCAGUGCCCACCUGGAGGUGCCCAGUGCCCACCUGGACACAUCAGAGGUGCCCAGUGUCCAGCUGGAAACCACAGAGGAGGUGCCCAGUGCCCACCUGGAGGUGCCCAGUGCCCACCUGGAGACCACGCAGGUGCCCAGUGUCCACCUGGACACCAUGGAGGAGGUGCCCAGUGUCCACCUGGAGGUGCCCGGUGCCCACCUGGACACAUCAGAGGUGCCCAGUGCCCACCUGGAGGUGCCCAGUGCCCACCUGGACACAUCAGAGGUUCCCAGUGUCCACCUGGAGGUGCCCAGUGCCCACCUGGACACAUCAGAGGUUCCCAGUGUCCACCUGGAGGUGCCCAGUACCCACCUGGACACAUCAGAGGUUCCCAGUGCCCACCUGGAGGUGUCCAAUGCCCACCUGGACCCUGCUGAGGUGCCCAGUGCCCACCUGGAGGUGCCCGGUGCCCAGCCGGACCCCCGAGGAGGUGCCCGGUGCCCACCUCUCUCACCUGCUCACCUGUGCCCGCAGGUGAGGGGGGGUCUGGGGGCGCCAGGGGGGCACCAGGGGGCGCUCUCGUGUCAAUAAAGGCGCCCCUCCCCCUCCC